AUGAUCUAUCUAUGGAUUUCAGGAGUUAAAGUUCAAAUCAUGAUAAAAAUUUUUCAGGAAAACCAACAUUUGAAUUUUCAAAUUAGUUGGUUAGCAGUAACAUCACUCGUGUGCUAUCUAGAUGUUAUGGGAAGAUGUGGAGCUACAAUUCAAAAUUGGUUUUUAGCAAUAGAAAAAGGCGAUCUAUCGCUGGUUCAAAAACUCUGGAAGGAUAUAAGUGAUAUAGAUGUCACGGAUACUUACAUACUCAAUAAUAUCAAGCAUGAUAAUGUAACUGGGCUGAUUAUUGGUGCCCAUUUCGGUCACAAGGAUGUAGUUAAAUGGCUUUUAAAAAAUAAAGCAAAUGUUAACUGGGAAACUAAUCUGAAAUGGCGUCCGAUUCAUUUUGCCGCUAAACGUGGUCACUGUACCACGGUGGAUAUGCUUUGCAACAGCGGAGCACUUGUUGACCCACUUACAAUGAAUAAUGAAACUCCUCUGUCGCUGGCACUUCAGUCUCACAUGCGCGAUACUGUGCUCAAACUUGUACAUCUAGGAGCACAAACAAACAAAAGUAACGAAAGUCUAGUUUAUCACUACGUUUGCCGUGGGAUGCUAGUACCGGAUAAUUCAUCACAAACGCAACGUGAGAAUGUUGAUACUGCUCUUGAUGGGAGUUUACAGUUGCGAAAUCAAAGUCCACAACCAAUUCAUUAUCAGUACCAGAUGCCAGUUCUUCUCUAUGCUUAA